GUGAGUUGUAAAGCAAACCUGCUGUCGUUGCGACAGGAAAAAGGGAAGUCGGACAAGGCGGUGGAAGCUCUCCGAUUGGCCAAGCGCUCCCCGUCGAAUCUUUUGAUCCGAACUUCCUCCCUCGCGACCUCCGACUGGCACUUGCAAUUCCUGGGGACAAUUGAACCAGCCUGUCCGGUACACUAGGUUCUCAAUUGCAUACCUUUACUUUCGGCUCUCAUACCUAACUUCAACCUUCCCCCAUCUCACAGCCUCUCCCACCAUGGCCGGCGGCAAAGGAAAAUACCGACACCUGGGCCGCAAGUCCUCACACCGACAGGCCCUGCUCCGCAACCUGGUCACCUCACUGUUUGAGAAUGAAUCGAUCACGACGACAUGGGCCAAGGCCAAGGAGGCACAGCGGUUGGCGGAUAAGCUGAUUACUCUGGGCAAGAAGAACUCGGAGGCUAGUCGGAGACGGGCACUGGAGAUUUUCUAUAAACCCCACGACAUCCUCCCCAAGCUCUUCGGACCCCUCCGCGAACGCUACGCCGAACGACCGGGUGGCUACACCCGCGUGCUCCGCGUCGAGCCCAAGGAGAAAUACGAAUACUACUCUGUCCGCCGCAGCGACAAGAAUGCCGUCCCCGAGCGCAAACCCGCCGACCAAGCGCCCAGUGCAAUUCUCGAACUCGUCGACGGACCCAAGGACAUGCGCUUCGCAAUGACGGCACGUGCGAUCGCGCGCCAACGUGAGGAGGGUCUCAAUGAGCACGAGCUCACGGUUAUGAAUAAGAAGAAGGUCACCAAAUUCCGGAAGGACGGUGUUGAUGCGCUGGAGGCUGCCGUUCAGAAGUUGCAAAUUCGUGACUCGGAGUCUGAGGGUGCUUCUGUUCUCGAGGGCGAGGAGUCGAAGUCUGUGCAGGAGGAGGCUCGACGGAGUGCGGCCCAGGCUGGUCGCUUGGCUAAGAAGCUUGGUGCCUAAGUUGAGGCAGUGAGCGAGAGCUAGUUGGUGGUCUGAGGGCCUUCGCUUGCAUUUUCCCGAGUUGAUGCACAUUGAGGGGUCUAUUCGUGGAUUUGGCGGUCUUUGAUUUUUAUGCAUGACCAUUCAUCUCCAUUUUUCUUAUCUGUUCUUAUAGGAGUUUCUGCUGCUUUUGGUAUCUUGUCUUCUAUCCGUUGUGACCGCAUCCAUGUGACAUAGCCUGUGUACAGUAUAAAAUAUUUCGAUACCUCUUUUCAACUAGUCCAUCCACCGCGCUCUGUAUAUCUAAUUGACCCUACU